AUGAAUCUGGCGAGUUUCUCCUACUUCUCGUGCAGCAUGUCACCGGCGGAGUCGCAGCCCACGAGCCCGGCGGCGGCGGCAGCUGUGUCUUCUCAGGUGAGUUUGGACUCACCGUCACUGAUCCAUCAUCAUCAUCAUCAUCUUCAUCAUCAUGUUCGUCAGUCUGGAGGUAAGGACGGUGCUCCUGUGAAACCGGAACCGGGAGAAGGCAGCCCUCGGGCGGAGGUGGAGGAAGUGGUUCCGGUGGGUCAGCCGGUCAGCGGCCGGCGGAGGAAAAGGCCCGUGCAGCGCGGGAAACCUCCGUACAGCUACAUCGCGCUCAUCGCCAUGGCCAUCGCCAACUCACCGGAGAGGAAGCUGACGCUGGGCGGCAUUUACCGCUUCAUCACGGAGCGCUUUCCGUUUUACCGCGAGAACUCGCGCAAGUGGCAGAACUCCAUCCGGCACAACCUGACGCUCAACGACUGCUUCGUGAAGAUCCCACGGGAGCCCGGGAGGCCCGGAAAGGGCAACUACUGGACGCUCGACCCCGCCGCUGAGGACAUGUUCGACAACGGCAGCUUCCUGCGCCGGAGGAAACGCUUCAAGCGCUCGGACGUCAGCACGUAUCCAGGGUACGCUCAGAGCGCGGGCGCGUUCACGUUCACCCCGAGUCCCGUGGCGCGCCAGGCGUAUCCCAACACCCUGUACCCGGCCGUGACCUCGGGCUACAGCGGCUCUCCGUUACCCGCCUCUCCUCACGGGUCUGUACUGCACCCCUAUCAGCCGUCAGCGGGGGUCGCUCACGCUCACCUUCAAGGACAAGGCCGGAUGUUCAGCAUCGACAACAUCAUCAGCCAGCAGUCUGUCCCGCCAUGUAGUGGCCCUGGAGCCGAACUUCACAUCGGGCUCGGUUCCGGAGACCUGACCUCGAGCUCGACCUCGAUGAGCGCCGGCUGCUCAGUGUUACCCGCCACUGACCCGACCAGCUUCCAGACUCAGUCUCUGAACCACACGAACCUGCUGAGCAGAAACAGCAGCUCCGCUGCCUCCAUGGCACCCAGUUUCUCAUCCUCAGCCUCUCCUCCGCACCUCACCUCUGCCACGCCGCCCGGUUUCUCUCCCACUGGCUACUGCACCGGAAGCAGGAUGUCACGGCCCGGCUCGUGUGCAGAGCACAACGAACAGCUUCUGGGACUCACAGGAACGAAUUCGAACUCGUACAACAAUUCGUAUACGAGACAAGCUAACUUCACAUCCGGGCUCGAGCGCUACAUGUGA